UAAUUAAGAGACAAGAAUCAUAUAACACAAUAUGGCCACUACCACCACCAACAUUGUUCAUUUCCUGACCUUAUUUGUUAUAGUAACCUCUUCAAUGUUUACAGUUACUAUGGCAAACAAGGAUUGGCCCUCCUUUGGUAAUUUUAACUACACUGAUUGGUGGUCUAGAUUUGGCAACCAUAAUCAUCAAAUAAAUAAGACAGAACAAGAACCUAAGAAAAUCAUUGUUGGUGACUCUCAAAAUUGGCACUUUGGUUAUAACUACUCUGAUUGGGCUAUAAAGAGUGGCCCUUUUUACCUCAAUGAUACUCUCGUUUUCAAGUAUGAUGCGCCAAAUGCAACGAGUUUUCCACAUAGCGUAUAUAUGUUUCCAACAUGGAGGAGCUUCAAAAAUUGUGAUGUUAAGAGGGCUAAGAUGCUAGCAAAUCACACACAAGGUGUUGGAGAGGGAUUCAAGUUUGUGUUAAACAAAUGGAAGCCAUAUUACUUUGCAUGCGGUGAGAAAAAUGGGUUACAUUGCAACAUUGGACAAAUGAAGUUCACCAUUAUACCAAUGCUUCGCCCCUUAUGGCCAUCAUGGCCUUGAAAAAAUGUUUGCCAUAGCUAGCUAUUGGAGAAUUUGAAGUGCAUGCUGCAGCUUCUGAAUUUAUAGUUUUCUCUAUUAAUAUAUGUUCCAAAAAUUUAAAAUAAAGAGUGUUUCUUAUUCAUGUACCGAUCAAGAUAUGAUUGUGGUGCAUCCGAAUAAUAGUAGUUGUUUUGUGUUUCUUCAAAAUAUUGUUUUUGUAUUUUUUUUUCUGUCC